ACAGUACCAUGUCUUUAUACUCGAUACCAAAGAAAAAGCACACAGCUUUUUAUGAUAAUGUCUUGACACCAAGCGACCCUGACGCGAAAGCCCGAAAAGCUUCAAAGAUCAGCGUUGAAGUUCCGCGAGAAAAUAUAAAAGGUGACGAUACGAGAUCAUUGGAUAAAACCAAGGAGCUAAACACGACCUAUGUUAUCUCUGGACUGUCAAAAAGCAGAGGUCAGAAGAAUGACACGCCCGCUCUUGGCCGAUUCGCCCUUCAGCACCCGUUUUCCUCUAACGGCGACAAAACGAUAAGUGAAAACACUAUGGAAAUCACUCCGAAUAGCACACCUGCAUCUGAGAAAACACUGUCGUUGCAACGCAGAACAGGUUUAAUUGACAAAAGCGCAGGUAAUGACAUCGGCAAAGCAGAGGGCUCUAGACAACGCUGGGUCAGCGGUACCGACUCUAAUCAGUCUAAAGUUCUCUCUGAAUCAAACCCCCGAACGACAGGAAAUGCAGGUGUAUUACGGUCAUUUAGUCUUAGGGACACCUCAUCUAAAAGUAAAUCGAGAGAAGCUGUUAACCUUUUAAACACUCCAACUAAAGGAGUUGAAAGGUUUCCGUCUAGAUUUGCGCCAAAACAACCAGCAACCCCGGGUAAAGUAGACGUGACAAAACCAGAGGACCAGACCAAAACGUUUUCAACACCCACGAGAAAGACUCCUUUCGAGAAAAUCACGGCAAAGAAGGAUGCCUUUGAGAGGUUGGCUGGGAAAAAGGGCCACAAAGUGGUGGCUGUAAAAACGGCAAGCAUAGAGAGGUCAAAGAAGCACGCACAGGUGACCGUGGAGGCCGCAAUACCUGGUACAACUCACCCUAAGACGUUACCGCUCAGUAGUCAAGGAGCGAACGUGGCCUCGACCUUUCCGCCAGCGCAGGUGAGAAAGAACUCAAUCCAUAGCGAUGUAAGCGUGGCGAGGUCCUCUACCCCUGCACCAACAUCCUAUGUCUCGACCGAGCCUUUGGUCCGAUCCAAACCGGAUACCCUGAAGAUGGAGAACAGUGCUGUGACAGUUGCGGUCCGGGUGAGGCCAUUCAACACCAGGGAGAAGACAGAGAAAGCAUCGCAGGUGAUCUUCAUGGAUAACCAGGAGACUGUUGUUCAACAUCCAGACACCAAGCAGAGGCACGCCUUCACAUAUGACUUCUCCUUCUGCUCCAUCGAUAAAAGCGACCCUGGCUUUGCCAGCCAGCAGACGGUGUAUGACAAACUGGCCAAGCCUCUUCUGGAGAGGGCCUUUGAGGGGUUCAACACCUGCCUGUUUGCUUACGGCCAAACUGGGUCGGGGAAGUCCUACACUAUGAUGGGUUUCGGGGAGGAGGCAGGGCUAACACCAAGAUUCUGCGAGGAGCUCUUUUCUCGGCUGUCUGCAGUUGACAAUCAGGUCACAUGUCAUCUGGGGAUGAGCUACUUCGAGGUGUACAAUGAAAAAAUCCAUGACUUGCUCAUCGUCAGGGAUGAACAAAACCACAAGAGGUUACCUCUGAGGGUGAGGGAACAUCCAGUCGACGGACCUUAUGUUGCUGAGCUGUCCACGAACGUGGUGAGCUCCUAUGAAGCCAUUCAGGGUUGGCUGGAGCUUGGGAACAAGCAGCGAGCCACUGCAGCCACAGGCAUGAACGACAAGAGCUCCCGAUCCCACUCUGUCUUCACCCUGGUUAUGACCCAGACCAAGACUGAGUUUGUGGAAGGGGAGGAACAUGACCACAGGAUCACCAGCAGGAUCAACCUGGUGGACUUGGCCGGCAGCGAGCGCUGCUCCUCAGCCCAGACCAGCGGUGACCGCCUCAUUGAAGGUGCCAGCAUCAACAAGUCCCUGCUGAGCCUGGGGAAGGUGAUCUCUGCCCUGUCAGAGCAGGCCCAGACUAGGAGGAAGGUCUUUACCCCCUACAGGGAGGCUGUGCUCACAUGGCUGCUGAAGGAGAGCCUGGGCGGAAACUCCAAGACGGCCAUGAUCGCCACCCUGAGUCCGGCGGGCAGCAACGUGGAGGAGAGCCUGAGCACGCUGCGGUACGCCAAGCAGGCCCGCAUGAUCAUCAACGUGGCCAAGGUCAACGAGGACACCAACGCCAAGCUCAUCAGAGAGCUGAAAGCUGAGGUAGAGAAGUUACGGGCGGCUCAGAUGAGCUCUCAGGGCAUCGAGCCGGAGAAGAUGCGCCUCUUCCAGCAGGAGAUCUUGGCUCUGAAGAGCCAGCUAACGCAGCAGGAGAGGGAGAUGGCCGAGGCCCACAGAGCGUGGAGAGAGAAGCUGGAGCAGGCAGAGAAACACAAACGUGAGGAAACCGAAGAAUUACAGAAAGCGGGCGUCACGUUUGCUGUGGACAACCGACUUCCCAACUUGGUGAACCUGAACGAGGACCCACAGCUGUCGGAGAUGCUGUUAUACAUGAUUAAGGAGGGACAGACCAAGGUCGGCCAGACCAAGUCAGAGUCCCCCCACGACAUCCAGCUGUCUGGGGCCCUUAUCGCCGACCACCACUGUGUCGUUUCCAACGUAAACGGUGAAGUCAGCAUCACCCCCAUGGAAAACGCCAAGACCUUUGUCAACGGGAACCUGGUCUCUGACACCACUGUCCCUGCGUCUUGUAUGUAUUGGUGUCUGUGUCAUGAUGGCGACAGGGUGAUCCUGGGCGGAGACCACUACUUCCGCUUCAACCACCCGGCAGAGGUGCAGUCUGGGAAACGCGUGUCAUGCUGGACGGGAGCGGGCGAUGGCCAGAAGGACUUUGAGUUUGCCAAAAACGAGCUGCUCUCCGCUCAAAGAGCACAACUGGAAGAGGAGAUCGAGGAGGCGCGUCUGAAGGCCAAAGAGGAGAUGAUGRAGGGAAUCCAGGUGGCAAAAGAGAUGGCCCAGGAGGAGCUGUCGGACCAGAAGGCUCGUUAUGAYAACAGGAUCAAAGCCCUGGAGAGAGAACUGGAGGAGGAGAGCGAGAGGAAGCGCCAUUGGGAGAUGGACCAGCAGCAGGUAGCCUCCAAGAUGGAGGAGCUGCAGUCGGCCAAGGUGGAGCUGGAGCAGGAGGUGGACACGCACAAGACACGUCUCCGCCUCCAUAUGGAAGCCCAAGCCACACGGCGGGCCAUGGCCGACCACGGCGUCCGACAGGCCAAGGUGGUGGAGGCCCUCGAGGCAGAGAAGAGGAAGAUCGGCAAAGACCUCGAGGAGAUGCAGAGGAAACUGGCGCUGAAAGGAAGCCGGACUGCGAAAAACGUCCCUCCUCGGUGGGAUGCCAUGAAGUUGUCUCUGAUGAUCGAGGAGGCCAACAAGAUCAGUGACAAACUCAAGAAGAACACAGUUUUCAGCAGACACGAGGGGUCUGAGAAGAAGGGCGGAGAGGGAGAGCUGCAGGUCCAGGUCAGAAACACCAAACUGGGCAUCUCCACCUUCUGGAGCCUGGAGAAGUUCCAGAGCAACACCCUGGCCGCCAUGAGGGAACUCGACCAGCCCUGUAAAGAUGACGACGUGUUUUCACCCAAUGAUGAGUGGGAGCAAGAUAUAACGCUUGCCUCCUUCUCACGCAGAAGGAGCAGAAGCCUGUUMAAGAGCAGGAGGAUUUCAGGGCGUCUCUAUGAAAUCAGAGUGCACCCUAUUCAGAGCCUUCUUAACAGCAACUUGCCACAGUCCUCUGGUCUGUUGGGUGUGGCCAAACCACCCUCUCUGCACCCAAGCUCGUCAGACUCCGUCCUGCCGGGGAUCUGCAAAGAUCUGAUUGGUCAGACGGUAGGGCAGCUGCGCGAGUGUCAUAGRCACGAGGAGAGCAUGGCAGACAGGCUGACCUCUGACCUCUGCUGUGUGCACACGGCCGUGACGACCAUCGCCGACCUGUAUGACGGCCUAGACGAUGACAGUCAGGAGAACAUGUUUGUGGCUGAGGCACAGAGCCAGCUGGUGAAGGCCACCUCAGCCAUCCAGAGAGCCGUGUUCAUCACCAUGCAGUGGGCGACCAGCGUCGAUCCCGGAACCGGAACGCUCUCCAUUAACGCAGAGGAGCUCAAGACCCAAGUCAAGAGAAUGGGAGGCUACUUUCAGCUUCUCAUCCAGGGCUGUGACUCUGAGAUCUCGUCCAUGGUGAACGAGGCCCACAGGAAGAGUGGUCAGUGUCUGGCCUCGGCCCUGCAGGUCAUCAGCCACCUGGCGGCGUUGACCGGGACCCAGCUCCACGUGACUGAGCUGUGGGCCGAGGCCACGGGCAAGCGGUCUGAGCUCCUGUCUCUGUUGGAGGGGACCUGUAAAGGGGUGCACUCUCUCCUGGAGGAGGGCCUGUCGAUCUCCAAGGAGAUGCUGAGCGAUGCUCAGCUGACCUACCCCAGGACUCCGGUACCUGGUAAAACCAGUGACGCCAGCCUCAGCGCCUGCGGAGAAACUGUCUUCUCCUCGUCCAAGACCAUSGAAGAGGUCAUCAACAGCCUCCCCAGUGGRGCCACGGGGUCGGCUACCAACAACUUCAGCCAGACCGUCAUGGCGGCCCGGGAUGAGCUCCACGCUGCCCUGCAGUCCCUGAGUAACGCCUUCAACCCCCAGGGCCAUGAGGAGGAGAAGACGGGGUCUUUUGACUCAGAGAAAAGCUUAGUAGAAAUGAGUCUGGUGAAGGAGGUGGCUUCAGCCAUGGGAAUGAACAGAGGAGCCCCUAAGAUUGUUAAUUCUCUCUCUUCAGGGGUGUCUUCGUCUAACGAUGAUGUGUGUUGUGUUUGA